UGCAUUGCAUGUACCAUCACUAGCAGUGAGCGUCGCUCAGAAGAAAAAAACAACAAAUAUUUGCAUGUGCAAUAAACCAAACAUAAAUAGCAGUUUGCCAAUUGUAGAGCUUCGGAAAAAUGGCUACGGCCGGGAGUAACGUCCGCUGCAUCAACUACUACGACCUGUGCCGCAUCUGCACGGACAGCAGCGACACCAAAACGAACAUUUUUUCGCCCGAGGGACGCGCCAAGAACCUGAGUCAAAAGAUCCUCGAGUGUCUCUCGUUGCAGAUCGAUGAAAAGGACCGCCUCCCCAAGGUUGUUUGCGCCCAGUGUGUGCAGCAGGUGGAGCAGACUUACGGACUUCGCGCCACUUGCCGCAAUUCCCAGACGAUGUUGAGCAAUUGCCUCAACAUCCGUCCGGCGCCGAGUAGCGACAAGCUGUAUAUCCGGGAUGCAGUUGACGAGUCCGGAAAAAGCCUCAGUGUGGCACAGGCGGCGCCAGCAGCUUCUGGUCCAGCUCAGCAGUCCGGAAAUCUCUUAAACACCAUCAUCCAGGCGGUGGGAAUUCAACCCCAGCAGCAGUACACUAUUACAGUUGACAACGGACUUCAGCAUCAGCAGCACCAAGUUCCGUCUGAAGUGCAAAUUAAAAGCGAGAGGCAAACUGCUUUGGAGGAGUUUAUUCGUCUCAAGCCAGACAUCAAGAUAACGCCACUUGGCAAAAAGGAACCCAUUUCACCCGCUAAACCUCAGCAGCCAACUCCUCUGCAGCCACAACCGGUUACAUCCACCCAAUUGCAGUUGCAGCCACAGCUGGGCGAGCAACUUCAGCCUCUUUGGCAGCAGAUUCAGCAACUUCAGUUGCAGCAACAGCUACAGCAACUCACCAGUCAACUGCAGGCGACUACUCAGUAUUCCUCCGCACAGGAAGAUGCAGCAAAUCCCGGCGAGAGCAAAAAGCCUAAAUUAAAUUUUGUCAUUUCCUCACCGUCGGCCCCACAAUUUACCUCCUCGCUACAGCAAUUCGGGGCAAGUCAGCCGCAGAUUCAACUGCAGCUGAUGCCGGGAGGAGGUGGAGUAGCCAGUGCAGGAGGAACGCCAGCCCAGACACCGUUUAAUGCCGCUGCACUGCUCUCUAGUCUGGCGGCUCCGCAGUCUACUCCCAAUCUGCUCUCACCUAACAAGUGUUUCCUGCCCAUCACUAUUCGAGACGAUAACUCAGAGAUAGUGGCGCAUAUAGACACCAAGAAUCUAGUCCUGCCCACCACCUACCAAGUACAGAUGAAGCUGCAGCCUCAGCUGGCGACCGCCGAUGGUCAACCCAUUAUGCAGCUUACGCCCACCUCGAUUCCGGCCACUCUGCAGCUGACACCGCAGACGCUAAGCAAUCCGGCUGGCAGCUUCCAAAGUACGGCUCCUGCUGUGGCCCAAAACCAGUUUUUGGCGCCACAGCCUCCGCCCCCUCAGCCAACCCAACAGCAACAACAGCUUACACAAUUGCCCAACACGGCGCAAGUGACCUCUCAGCAAAUCAUCAGAUCUCCGCAAACCAACACCACUAACCCGCAGUUGGUGAUAAGGAAUGUGACUAAUAUACCGACGACUCCCACUACGCCGACGAGCAACAAGGAUGCGGCAAACUUCAAGACCCCGUCACCAAGGCAAAAGCAAAUACCGUCGCCAAAGAGCAAACCUAGGGGGUCUCCCUCCGGGCCAGCCAAUACCACAGCAAUAACUCAGCGGCUAGUGAACCCGGUGAAACAGCAACAGAAGGUUGCCAGUAUGAACCCGGCGGCUCCGCAGUCAACGACUUCGGCUAAUCAGGCUGCCAUGCAGCGGCUAUCCUCGAAUACAACCAUAACAAAGGUGGCAAAACAGCCCGUUCCAGCGCCAGUGCAAGCUCCGGCUCCAACACCUAAUCCCGCCAAGCUGCCCAUGCUAAACAAACAGAAUAUUACCAUCAGUCGAAUUUCAAUGCAGACAGCGCCCAAACCGCAAGCUAGGCCUCCAGCGCCUGCGCCUGCUGCUGCUCCGGCUUCUGCUCCUCAGCCUAUUCCGCUGGCAAUCCCAGCGCUCAACCAAGCCCAGCCGCCGCCUCUAGCUGCUCAGCAUAAAAAAGUUGUGCGCAAGCCAUCCGAAAAUCAGGAGACUCAAGGGCAGAAAGCGAAACCAGCGCGACCACCGCAGCAGAUACUGCCAAAUCAGGAAGGGAAUGCGACGAAUAAUUCUACCGAAGGGCAAUCAUCUGGUCCCUCCCUCACAUGCCCCACCUGUAAGCGGGAGUUUAAGAAGAAAGAGCAUCUCACCCAGCACGUUAAGCUGCAUGCUGGCUUGCGACCCUUUAAGUGCUCGGAGGAGGGCUGUGACAAGACCUUCAGCCGCAAAGAGCACCUGUCGCGACACCUGAUCUCUCACUCGGGCCAAAAGAUGUACACAUGCGAGGUCUGCAGGAAGCCCUUCUCUCGGAAAGACAACCUCAACAAGCACAAGCGCAUUCACACGCAACCGGCAAACGAAAUGCUUUACUGCUGCGAUGUGUGCAAUAAGAAUUUUGCCACAAAACAGCACUACGAGAAGCAUAGAGAAAUGCAUAAAAAGACGCGGCCGGAGAGUGCGGCUCCGCCUGCAGCUGUUCCACCUGUGGCCACUCCAGCACCUGCUCAAGUUCGCAGCAAUGGUCAGGUUCCAAAUAAGGGUGUUUAUGAAAUCAAACAACGUGCUACUCAGCAGCAACCGCAGCAAGCUCAAACACAGUCGCAGCCUGCGCAGAUCAUGCAUGUGGUGACCACGCAAGAUCUGGCCGGGAAUACAAUAACGAUUACCCAAGCACCCGACUCCAAUAUGCCCGCAUCUCUGGCCAACUUCGUGCAGCUGGGAUUCCCUCAGUUCCAGAAUCCCAGCGCACCAGCCGCCAAGUAAUUAGUCUGUAAGUUUG